CCAACUUUCCGUAUCUGGUCGAAUCGUCAUACUUGGCAGCCAAUCAGUAACAGCAAGAUCGAUCUUCUGCCUUAAACAUUUAACAGCUCUUAUCAGAAAAUUUUCCUAAGAAGCCAACGCACUGGUUACAGUGAUUGUUAUCUAACUGUAUUUUCAGAAACAAUCAGCUGGUUUCAAAUGGCUUCAGAGUCAAAGCACCAAGAAGAAGCGGAUGAAGAUAGGAUCAGCAUACUGCCAGAUGAUGUUCUUUGUCACAUUCUAUCAUUACUUGAUACACAUGAAGCGGUGCAUACAACUAUCCUAUCAAAAAGAUGGAACAACUUCUGGACUUCACUCCCUAAUCUGAAAUUAUGUGAUAGAUAUUUCCCUAAGUCACAUUCGCAGCAGAAGCACAAGUCUGAAUCUGAUCCUUUUAUGACGUUUGUUGAUCAUGUUAUGCGUCUUCGUGACUCAAAAGACAUUCGAAAAUUCUCUCUUUCUUGUAUGCAUAGGGAACUUCAAUUUAUGCCUAAGGAUGCAUAUCGUAUUCAUUGCUGGAUUGGUGCUGCCAUUGAGCAUAACAUUGUUGAACUUGAUAUUUCUCUUGUGGGGUGCAAUGGAAUGAAUUUUCCUCUGCCUCACAGCCUUUACACCUGCACUACGCUCGUUGUUUUGAAGUUGGAAUCAAAUUGUAUUUCCUAUGAUCCUCCCAUCACAGGGUGUUUUCCGAGGCUUAAGUUGCUUGUUGUUUCAUUUACGAAUCCUGAUAGUCCUGACUCAGUUAGGAGACUCUUUUCUUGUUGCCCUGUACUCGAAGAUCUUGCUAUAUAUGGAUAUCCUGGAAGAGAUAAUUUGGCUGUUACUAUCUCUGCAUCUGAAUUGAAGACAUUGAAGAUACAUUUGGGCUGCAAUGAAUAUUAUUUGAGUGACCCUGCAUACACAUUUAUUAUUGAUGCCCCAAAGCUGGAAAACUUCAGUCUCAAGGAUCCGUGGUUUCGUUCUAAUUAUCAGUUUGAGAAUGGAAAUUCUGUACUCAAAGCUAAUAUUGUACUCAACGACUCAGAGGAGGAUGAUCCUAAAGACUUUGCUGAUCGUACAAGUGCCUUGCUAGGAAGAAUUUCCAAUGUUGAACAAUUGUACUUUUCAGCUGCAUUUCUGGAGGAUUUUCAUAUGUCUACUUUGGAAUCUCUGCAUCAUUUGGAGCUGAGUCUUGGUGGUUGCAAUUACUGGGAUUUGCUAGUAGAGUUUCUCAAGAAAUCUCCAAAUCUGAACCAUCUCGUCUUAAUAAAUAGUGGCUGUGAACCAAAUUUUAAAGAUGAGGUUGAAAGAAAUCUGGUCACUCCAGCAGUGUCACCAAACUGUUUGCUUUCAUCCCUAGAGACUAUCUCUAUUAAGCAAUUCAAGGGACAGCGGGAUGAGAUGGAAGUGGCAGAAUAUUUGUUAAAGAACGGUGAGGUUUUGAACAAAAUGAAGAUCUAUAUUAUGAAUCCUAGAUAUUCUGGUGUGCAUACAAAAGAAGAGCUAUCCAAUACACUUUUAAGGUAUGAGAAGGGUUCGAAAACUUGUCAAGUUGAAGUUAUCUAUGAUGAAAAUUGGACAAAGUAUACUAAUGUUAUACUCUUUAGUGAUAUGGGGAAAUCGGGUGAAGAGUGUCAAUGGCCUUCAAACGUGCGUCUUAUUAAAGUUGUAAAAUAAUGAAUUUUUUUAGAAGAUGUAGAUAUUAUUCUGCCGUGUGUUCUAUAAGCUUCUGAUAAUCUGCAUUUGUAUCUACCUUAACUAUGGGACUUUUAAUACUGUGGACUGUGGUGAUUUGCAUAAUCAAUAACAUGCAUCAUGCAUGCUCUG